AUGUCUUUGUCCGGGUUUUUAUGGUCGGUGAUUUCCAUUCUCAUACCAUUUCUCGUCUAUAAACGAUACUCGGAUCAACUUUCGAAGUUUGAAGGCCCUUUCUGGGCACGAUACUCCUCACGUUGGUUGGAGAGGGUCUCUAAAGAGGGCAACCCUGAAGCCGUUUUCGAUGCUCUCCACAACAGCCUAGGAACCAAGGUUAUACGAAUUGCGCCCAAUGAGCUCCACAUAUCCGAUGUCGAGUUGUACAAAACGAUAUACGGCCAAAAAUCACCCUUCAUGAAGUCGUCCAAGUUCUACAAUACAUUCCUGGCAUUCGGUACAACAUUUGGAGAGAUGGAUCCUCACAAAAACAGGGAGCGAAGAAAAUUACUCAAUCCCUUCUUCUCCAAAGCCGGAACGCUGAAGCUGGAACCUGUCAUUCUCCAUCGACUUUCACUCGUCCUCGAGAAGAUGGAACGUCUAGCCGCCGAGGGACCGAUCAAUGUACAAGAUGUUUUAAGAUGCUAUACGGGUGACAUUGUCUCCCAAAUCAGUUUUGGAAAAUCGCUUGAGCUCACUAAUGAAAACCCCUCGUCUUUCAAGUCGAGUUACUUUGCGGGAUUUGACGCCGCCCUCAAAGCUCCUACGAAAUUGUUUUUCGGUCCUCUGCUACGACUUGCGUACUCGGUUUUGCCUUUUGGGGUUCUUACUUAUAUUGAUUAUUCGCUGUCGAAGUAUUCGGAGAUCAUCAAGUUCAGCGGGCUGUGCUUUCUGGAAUACAAGGAGGGAAAGCAUACGGCGGGGCACCCCAUUCUGUUUGACAAUCUAUCCUGCAUUCCAGAAAGUGAGAGAACGACCGAAGCCAUGAGUAUUCUGAUUGCUGGGUCCGAGACAACUGCAUUCACUCUGGCUCAAACUAUUUUCCUGAUACUUUCUUCGCCGAGGGUGAAACAAAGAUUAGUUCGGCAACUAGAUGCGGGGGUCCCUGAGUCUAGUCAUAUGCCCUCUAUUCAAGAUUUGGAAAAGCUGGACUAUCUAAUGGCAUGUGUGAAGGAAGGUCUCAGGCAUGCGAUGAGUGUUCCAGGAAGAUUGCCGCGGGUUGUACCCAACGGGGUUGAACUGGUUGUGGAAGGGAAAAGGAUUCCUCCUGGAGUGAGUUUCUGA